AUGCUUAAAUUCAGUCACUGUGUGCUAGUCACACGUGUGGGUGGCUUCUACGAGCUGUAUUUUGAGCAUGCGGAUGAGUUUGCUCCAUUGUUGAACAUCAAGAAGUCCAAACGGAAAGUCUCGAAAGGUAGCAAGAAGCCUGCCAUCUCCAUGCGUGAGGCUGGUUUUCCAACAUAUCAGCUGGACAGGUACCUGAAGAUCCUAGUCCAAGAUCUAAACAAGCAUGUCGCUAUCAGUGACGAAUACCUCAAUGACGCACCGACAAGGGCAAAAGGAGAACCACAAUACACGCGGAGAGUGUCGCGCAUCGUAACGCCAGGCACCCUGAUCGACGAGCAUUUCAUGGAUCCGUGGGAGAACAACUAUCUUCUCAGUAUCCACGUGAACCCCGAAGUACUCGCUGAAGAGAACGCCGUGAAGCAGAGUCCUGGCAGCUCAAGUGUUUCUUCUGUGCUCAAUUUACCGCGUACGGAGGUCGGCCUGGCCUGGAUUGACUUGUCCAGCGGCGACUUCCUCACCCAGAGUACAGAUAUCGCGUCGUUGCCGUCAGCAGUAGCCCGUAUCAAACCCCGAGAGAUAGUACUAGACAGUGUCUUCCAAGAACAGAACCAUUCGCGCAUCGUCUCUAUCAUGCAAGAAGACGGACACAUCAUCACAUUUCAGGAGCCAUCAGAAACACCACUUACCGUCAAGGAAUGGAUGCUCAUGCUGGAAGAUGUUGUGGAUGACUUUGACACGGCCAACUUCACUCCCGGUGAAAUUGCCGCCGGAGGCUCACUACUGCAUUAUGUGAAGCACCAACUGCUUGGUUCACGCACUCGACUUCGCGCGCCAGUACGACAUCAAGCGGAAGAGCACAUGAACAUCGACAAGAAUAGUCUGAGAGCGCUGGAGAUCAGGAGUACUAUCAGGGAGGGCACCUACGAAGGCAGCCUACUACAUGCGCUGAAGAAGACGGUCACCAAGAGUGGUACAAGACUACUCACGCACCGCCUGUCUGCACCAUCGAUGUCACUGUCAACCAUCAACGAUAGACUGGAUCUCGUGGAAGAAAUGAUACAGUAUCCGCAACUCCGCCAAAAUGUCAUUUCGCUUUUGGAACAAACGUUCGACUCUUUGCGGUUGGUGACCAAGUUCACUUACGGUCGUGGUGACGCUGAUGACCUCAUGGAGCUGUCGAAAACUAUCCUUACCACCUCCAGUAUCUUGGACGUCCUUCAAGAGCACGCCAUCUCCAGAAAUCCCAUUCCAACUGAUUCUACAUCGGCGACAUUGGAGAAUCGCAGAAGACAAUGUAUCACCAUGCUAGAGCAUCGGUUUGAUUUAGUGCAGCCGCUCGAACUUGCGCACCGUAUACAACACGCCAUUGACGAAGAAGGCCUAUCUGAGUACCACCGUAUAGAGCAUGAAGAAGCUGAAGACAUGUCGGAAUUGGCCCAGGAUGUAGUCGGUCGAGAGGCUGGAGAAGAGGACCUGAAGAACUUACCCAAGCGCAUCCAGCCGAAGCCUCAUGUGAUUGUUGGAACCUUCAAAAGCGCGACUGACGGAAGAGAGGACGUUCAUAUCAUGAAGCGUAAUGCCAGUCCGAUGCUUGAGCGUCUGCAUAAGAGUUUGGAUACCAUGGCAAAGGCAAAGAUCAAGCUGGAACAAGAAAUGCGUCAAAAGAUGGCGACCGACAGCCUAGUUCUAAAGUGGACACCAAACCUCGCCCAUAUCGCCCACGUCAAGGGCAAGGACGCAUCACGCACGACCGCCUUCUACUCUCGUAGCCUAAGUAGCAGCAAAUCUACUCGCUCCUUCCAAAUCCCCGAGUGGACCCAACUAGGCGCCCAAAUGGACGAGACCCGUUUUCGAAUUCGAACUGAAGAACAACGCGUUCUGGCCUCCCUCCGCGAAUCCGUCGUUCAGAACCUAGUCAAGCUCCGCCGCAACGCCGCCGUCCUCGACGAUCUCGACGUAGCGUGCGCCUUUGCUAUCCUCGCCAUCGAGAAAAGCUUCGUCAGACCCAUACUAAGCGCGGAACCAACGCACAACAUAGUUGGUGGCCGCCACCCCGUCAUAGAAGCCGGUUUGAACGGACAGGGCCGAAGCUUUGCUCCCAACGACUGCCACCUCGGCUCCGCUGAACGCAUCUGGCUCAUCACAGGGCCCAACAUGGCUGGCAAGUCCACAUACCUCCGGCAAAAUGCGCUCAUCUCCAUCUUGGCACAAACGGGAUCCUUUGUGCCCGCUGAAUACGCGGAGAUAGGUUUAGUAGAUAAGAUAUUCAGUCGUGUGGGCUCCGCAGACAAUCUUUACCAAGAUCAAUCUACGUUCAUGGUCGAGAUGUUGGAGACGGCACAGAUACUCAAAGAAGCUACGCAGAGGAGUUUUGUUAUCAUGGAUGAGGUUGGGAGAGGAACGACACCGGAGGAUGGUAUUGCUCUACUGGUCCCUGGCAAAGUCGAAGAUGGUGGCGAGUUCCCACUUCAAGAAGCACUCGACGCGCUGAAGAAGUGCGCAGGAUGCGAGUUCAAUAAUGGUAUUGGACUAAUAUCAUACCUAUCAAGAACACCCUACUACGUCGAAGAAGCCGCCUGUCAGACCCUUGAAAUCAAGGCUCUCAUCUCCUACGGCGGCAGGAAGUUCACCACUCUCAGCUCGACAGCGCUUCCGCCCCAACUAGUACACAUAGCGGGGCUACCAGAUCCUCAUCGACCGCCAUCCUUUGAAAACAUCAUCAAGACCUAUCGUUACGAGGAUGCAGAGAAGGAGUCUGGAUGGGUACUUCCAAGCGACGAAAACUAUCACAAGCGAAGCGCCGGCAUCGCGCAUACGAGGAGUCUGACUUUCCUGAAACCGUUGCUGGGUGGACCGUUCUUCGAUCUGGAGGCAGUAUGGGAAGAGCACACGAAGUUUGAGUUUGGAGAGAGGGAUGUGGCGAAGACGAUGGCUACGAUGGUGGAUCAGCCGUAUGUCAACCACAUCCCGACUAUGACCGGAGGAGUGGGCCAGGAGCGACUCACAGCGUUCUACACCCACCACUUCGUCUUCAGCAACCCACCCGACACUACCCUCUCCCUCGUCUCACGAACCGUAGGCAUCGACCGCGUAAUCGACGAAUUCAUCUUCACUCUAACCCACACCAAAGAAGUGCCUUGGCUUCUCCCCGGUAUACCUCCCACAGGCAAGCCCCUCGCCAUCCCCUUCACCAGUGUCGUUGCUAUGCGCGGUGAUCGACUGUGUCACGAGCAUAUCAGCUGGGACCAUGCGACGGCGCUAAAGCAAUUGGGGUUGUUGCCGGAGUAUGUACCUUUUCCGUAUGAGAUUGAAGGAGAGACCAAGCCGGAGGGGAAGAGGUUUGAGGUCAAGUUGCCGGUUGUGGGGAUGGAAGGGAGCAGGAAGCUGGUGGAUGAGAGUUGUGAGGAGAGUAAUGCGUUGAUGAAUGGGAAACUUCGAGUGGUCGACGAUUUGUGA